AUGCAGACUGCUUCUACAAACAUUUGUGAAAGAAUGGGUGGCUCUCAGGAGUUCAGUGAAUUCAAGCGUGGUACCGUGAUAGCUUGCCACCUGUGCAAUAAGUCCAUCCGUGAAAUUUCCUUGCUACUAAAUAUUCCACAGUCAACUGUUAUUGGUAUUAUAACAAAGUGGAAGCAACUAUGAACAACAGCAAGGCAGCCACAAAGUGAGCAGGGCCAGUGCAUGCUGAAGCGCACAGUGCGCAGAAGUUGCCAGCUGUCUUCAAUAGCUAAAGAACUCCAAAUUUUGUGUGGCCUUAAGAUUAGCACAACAACAGUGCAUAGAGAGCUUCAUGAAAUGGGUUUUCCAUGGCUGA